AUGGCUUCUCCGAACCCAGAUCCCGCGCCCAGCACUGCCGCUGGCAAUGACGAUACCACACCGAGACACGCAUCUCGCCUGAUCUCCUUCCGACUCGACUCGUCGUCGGUCGCGAGGCGACUCGAAAACACCGAAGAGAAAGAUCGGUAUCCUAAGCUCUCGACGCUGUACCAAGCCCUCGAACAGAAGUUUCACGAACUCGAGGCACGGAAUAUCGAGCUCCAGAACGACAACGAUGAGGCCCUAGUCCAAUACCAGGGAGCAAUCGAGCAGCAGAACAGAGCUCAAACCACCCUCGAAGCCGCUCUAGUAGCAGAGAAAGCAGCCGUGGCGAAACAGAACGAGAUGGCUAUGAAGUUUUUCGAUCUACAGAACCGGAGCACACCGAGUAUGGAAGCUGCGGUCCCGAGGAAAUCUGCUCGUAUGCCUGACGCACCAAUGUUUAGCGAUGGGAAGGAAGUCCGAUACGAAGCUUGGGCCACAACGAUCCGCCAGAAGCUACUCGCAAAUGCGGACCAUUAUCCUGAACCAGUACAUCGUAAGCUCUAUGUACAGAGUCGCUGCGAGGGCAAAGCCCAGCUCCAUAUUGCCCCCCGCAUGGAUGAAGCCUCCACCAGGCCAUACGAGGAUGCGGAAGAUAUCCUUAGUCACCUGCGAAGUGUGUUCGCUAACCCGAAUCGGAAGGCGGAAGCCUACUCCGCCUACCAUCAGCUAACGAUGAAGCCCCGUGAUGGUUUCACGGAUUUCUUAGCUGAGUUCCUCCAGCUCGCUGAGGAAGCAUGCGUGGUCCGAGAGAACUUGAAACGCGACCUCUACUUGAAACUGCCGAACUUACUUCAAACCCAGAUGAUGCUGGCCGUUAACCAGUCCCAUGUCACGUUCGACAAUUUCACUGAACAGUGCCAGAGCAUCUCCCACGAGAUCAUGCUCCAACAGCAUCGAUCCACCGACCGCAGGAAUCACCGGGGUGGCACAGUAGGAGGAAGCGCAAGAACCACGACCGCACACACCGCCCUUAACACAUCGGGCACCAGCCAGCCGACCACCGCUCGAGUCAAACGAGAGGGAUUUACGCCGGCUAGAAUGACUGAUGCGGAACGGAACAAACUGGUCAGUGAAGGAAAGUGUUUCUAUUGCAAAGAACCCGGACACAUCAGCCUCCAGUGCCCAAAGAAGACUACUACUACCCCCGCGGCUGUUGCGACAGCCUCCACUAAACCCAAGGAAACAGUGGUGACCCCGGAUCCCCGCAUUGUGGAACUCGAAGGAUCGGAUGACGAGCAGGGAAAAGAGUACGCCUAG